AUGGUAGAUGAGGUAAAGAAGAAUAGAGAAACUAACAGCCAACAUAAGAAUGUGAAGAAAAAGGGACCUCAUGUGGGCUUCCAAUGGGAAGCCUGGGAUAGGAUGAGUGCUAAGAUAGUGGCCUUGUAUGGUGAUUCAUUCGACCGUGAAACAUUGAAAAACAAACACAAAUUGAUUAUGAAAAUGUACUCUGAGCUCAAGAAACUAAUCGGGUCAACUGGCUUUGGAUGGGAUCCGCUGAGAGGUAUGGUGACCGUUGAGAAUGAACUUUGGGAUCAAUAUAUAAAUGAUUACCCAUGGGCUGGCAAGUUUAGAGGCAAGAGUGCUCAUGAUGUUAAUGUGCUGGACAAGAUGUUUGGAGACACUGUUGCUGAUGGGAGGUAUAGUGAGACUUUGGUUGACGACGGCACCGAUAAUAGUGCACCUCCCUUUGAAGUAGAUGAUUCACCAAUAGAGUCUCCUCACUUAGAUACUAGUGAUGAGGAUAGCGAUAUAUCGACACCAAGCAAUGCUCGUAGAACAUCAUCGUUGCAAUAUAAGAGGCCCCACCCUAAUACUCCGUUUGAGGUGUCUGAGAAGAAAAGGCAAGGCACUCCUACUAAACAAGUGGCUCAAAAUUUAACUAAAUUGGUGGAAAUUAUGACGAGUCUCCAAGCUACCAUUCAGCAUGAGAUAAAGAUGAAGAAAUGCGUGGAUGAUGUUGACGAGCUAUAUAAGAAAGGGGAGGCGGGCUUAGAAGCCAUCUUGAAGGCUAACUGUAUUUUCCAAAAUGCAUCUAAAGUUCAUAUGUUCCUAGCCUUGUCGCAUGAGUACCAAGGGGCGUUUCUAGAGAAGGACAUGAGACCACUGGCAAAUUAA